CUGCUUUUAAGCAGCAGAUGCAGUUGCACGGAAGAAGAGCAUUGGGGGGGAGAGGAGCAGGAGGAGGGUGUCUCUGUCCGUGCGGCUUAGGACUGGCGAGUCGGGGAAAGCAGGGUUAAAGAUGGAGUAACCCCAGUUCUCGCCUUCGUGUGCUCGGGCAGCAGUGAGAGACCCGCCGCUUCUGGGCUAGGCUGCCUCUGGGCUCCAGGCUGCGCGUCCCAGUGGAAACCUCCCCCGCCUUCAGGGAGCGCUGCUGCCUUAGGAAAGCCGGCAGCCGCGCACGGGAACCCUGGCUGGUGGCAGCCUCCUGCCCUUGACCUGCGGCUCCCGGUGCGCUGGGAGCCAUUGGCGGCAGCUGAAGCGGCGGCGGAGUCUGCUGGGCGCCCGGCUUCGAGGGGAGAGGCAGCCCGGCUCUCCUGCCCCUCCCCCGGCCCCCAGAGCCGCCUUCCCCGGCAGCUGACGGGGUCCAAAGGCAGGAGGGGGGAAGGGAGCCGGGCUGUGAGCCGCCCGGCCGGACCCCCGCUUUCCAGCGGGCUUCGGGGAGCUGCCGCCGGGCUCGAGAGGAUCCCAGCGCCGCUGGCUGGCUAGUUCCCGGAGAGAUCUGCCCGGCUCUGCUUCGGUAAUUCUCUAAUGGAUCAAUGAAAACAAAACGAUGACAAGUUGUGGUCAACAGUCCUUGAAUGUGCUGAUGGUUGUGUUCUUAUUGCUCUUGUCAGCAGCAUUGUCUGCACAUUUUCGCGUCUGUGAGCCAUAUACAGACUACAAAGGCCGCUACCACUUUGGUUUUCACUGCCCACGUCUUUCUGACAAUAAAUCUUACAUCUUCUGCUGUCACCAUAACAACACAGUAUUUAAAUACUGCUGCAAUGAGACGGAAUUUCAGACUGUUAUGCAGAUGAACCUAACGGGAAAUGCAGAUGGAUAUAUGCAUAACAAUUACAGUGCAUUGUUAGGAGUCUGGAUCUAUGGCUUUUUUGUUAUGAUCUUGCUCGUACUGGAUCUUUUAUAUUACUCAUCAAUGAACUACGAUAUUUGCAAAUUUUACCUGGCAAGGUGGGGGAUCCAGGGAAAGUGGAUGACACAGGCACAGAACCGAUGGAUUAACCCUGCUCAGGAUCCAAGCCAAGUACAGACUCAGACUCAGACUCAGACGUCACAGGCAGUACAUACUUUGAAAGGAGAUGCUUUAAAUCCACCGUUGAUGUCUUUUCAGAGUUCAUCUGCCUGAAAACUAUAAUGAUGUGCCUCAGGAUGGGAGAGGUAAGUUUAGAAUGCAGUGAGCAGCUUUAGAGAGCGAACUAUCUGAGAGAAUGACAAGCCAAGAUGACACUGCAAGAUGGAUACUUGGUCAAGACAUCUGACAAGAAUCACCUCUUACCAACGUACAAAAACAAUGUUGACAAGAGUUCAGCAAACUGUCUGUAAGCAAUAUUUUCCUUCUAGGUCAAGAUUGUUAUGUUCAAAGGAGACUUCAUAUAAUGGAAAGCUCAAGACAGCAAAGUGCAAGUUGCUCUUGUAAGAUCCAUGCCAAGGGGGACAAGGACACCAAGAGAAACCUUUGGAAGAUCAACUUUCUUUGCCUCCCUAUCCAUCAAUUGCCAUUUGAGCCUAAUCUGUGUCAGAAUAAUGAAUGUGAGUUUUUUCCAAAGUUCUCUGGUGAACAUUGUCACAAUAAGCAUAGAUGCGGCCAUUUCCAGUCACUGUUCCCUCAACACUGCCCCUUACAAUGAAAAAGGGACUCCUCAAACAAAGUGCAGAGUAGUAGUCAUUUCAUUCCCCAAUUCGGCUCAUGUCGCAGCAAUGAGACUGGCAUGACAAAUUCCUUGAGCACAACAAAAAAGUGGCCUCAACUGAACGUGCCCUCCAGAAGAGGGUACAAAAUUUUUUUAAGACAACAUACACUCCCCACUUCCUCAACCUUAUAGGAAAUAAGGAAUAUCCCUCAGCUUAAAAUAGCAAUAAUACCACUACCCCUAUGUUUUACACGGCAAUAAUCCAAUUCCCUCCAGGUGACAGUUAUUCAGCAAAUUGAUUAGUGUCAUUAUUUCCAUGAAGAAUGGGAGGAUUGCUUUGCAAGCCAGAACAGCAAUGGGCUACUCAGUCACCAUAUAUUGCAAUAGUCUGAUUAUAUUUUAUGGUACGGAUUUAAUGGUAGGGAUUUAACUUGAAGACAUAUUUUAUAUCAGGGGGGACUAAACUUACUGGCCUCCUCACUAUACACAAUUUUCUGAAGUUCAAGAGCUGGACAUACAUGCCAGGCCUCAGGGCUUCAGCUUCUCUGUGUCUAUGGAGAAAGACAAACUGCAGCAAUAUUUACUGAGGAGAUUCCCCCUCCUGCAGGGUAGAAGCCCCGAGCCUUAGCACCACAGGGCAGGAGCUCUAAGCUCCUCCCUCACAGUUAGGUAAAGAGCAGGAGAGGGAGAGCCUUGCAAGUGGCACCCACUGUAUAAAAAAAAUAAAUUACUGCAUGUGGUUCGUGAGCCACGGUUAGGCCCCUCUUGUAUGAUAUCCACCAUUCUUGUGGCAUUAAGUCAUGCAGCAAGACUUGGUUUUAUACAGAGCACCUGGUGACUACCAAACAGAGGAAUCCCUCUAAUCACAGUACUCAACACAGCCUCAGCAGUGCCAAACUAAUUCAGCAUGUUAAUUUGAUCAACACCAAAGGAUCUGAGUGCCUCAAAUGUCAGGAACACUUUCCACAUCUGCCGAGUGACUUGCAGUCUUCUGCUAAAGCAUCUCUGAGUUGGGGGGCAUUCAUCUUUUUAAUACUGAACUAUUAAUGGCUCCAUUAUCACUGGACACUUUGAGCUAAAUUAUGAUGGCCCAUUAGAUAGGGCAAAGGCACAGAAAGGCCAUGCUAGAAACCAGAAGCCAGCCAGUCCAGUUCUCAAAGAAGGCCUGCCUGAGUAGGAUGGGGGCAUGCCCAUGUCUCACCUCUUUGCACACUAACCAGUCAUGCAAAGCCUGACUCGGGGAAGGGAAUACUGUAUCUAAUCAAAAGGCAUACAAGGGACACAGGAAACAUGCUUCCCCCAUCAGCAUCCUUCCAGGCACUAGACGUGCUCCUGCUCCACACAGCAUGCCUUUGAAUGGUACUCGGCUGCCCCUCUCUUCCCUGCACGAUUCCAUUUGUAGAGCCAUACUCAACCCAUUAGGAUAUCGUACAUGGUGGGAAACGUAGCACUCCAAGUAAAGGGAGUCAAGGUUUAAAAAAAUUUUAAUUCGCUUUAAGUCACGGAGCUUUUAGUUUCCUAAAAACAGCAUUUCAAAAGAAUGUAGCAGCACCAUUCAAAGCACUUUAGUUGAAACUGGGACAAUUAGAGAGCUCCAUCAAAGGGAUACUAGAGAUAGUUUUCAGAUACUGGAACAAAUACAGCAUUGGGGAUUUUUGCAAAAACAGUACUUUCUGCUGUGUUUGCCUGGAACAGAGGGAGAACACGCACACAGUGAGAUGGACUCCACAUUCCCAACUUGUUAGUAAGGGCCAGGAAAAUUAUGGAGCCAGAAGGAACACUGUUCCUGGCCAUUUCUCUGUGGGCAACAUGCCUAUUUUUUCCUAUCUGUCUUUCCUUGCAAAGACCCCCCCUGAGCUUAUAUCUAUCCCACACAGUGUCCUUGCACAAGUUCUUUGCUACUUAUUCCCCUCCCUACCAUCACAGCAGUAACACAGCGUUGCCACUGCUUAUGGAGCUGACACAAACAUGCAAGUGACCACUGGAUCAAAUCUACAGAAGUUUGUAACAAAUCGUUCCCAAACAGGAAGAGCAAUGGAGGCGCCUACCAGUUCCAAAGAUCAGACCUGCUAGCCUGAGAAUUACAGGUUCUUAGAUUAGCUCACUCUGCUCAUGGAUGCCUACCCUCGGCACAACAGGCUGAAUUAAGGAUGUCAUGUCAGACUUAAGUCAACUUAAAAAAUUACAGAGCAGUUUGACUUCUAUCUACUGUAUUACUGCAGGUGGCAUUUGUGCUUACUAUAAAUGAAAGAUUGGAGAAAAGUUAUUUUGCUGUUUUUUCCAGUUUGUUUACUUGACAGAUUGGACUGCCCUUUGGGCUUCUCUAAACUUGAAAUGCUACUCCUGCAUAGCAGCUGUGCUGCUGUAGUGCUUCAGAACAGAGACUGCCUGUGCCGACAGGAGCGGUUCUCCCAUCAGCAAGGGUUAGGGUGUGUCUAGACUACCUAGUUUUGUCGACAAAAGUGGACUUUUGUCGACAAAACAAUACCAGCGUCUACA